GUAAAAAGCAAAAUCAUAGUUGACUUUUCGCUUUUUUUUAAAUCUAUAAUUUAUCAUUCAUGCGAUGGCAUGUAUCAGCUGUAACAAAUAAUCUGUUAUUUGCGCAUGCUUUUUCUAUGUGAUUUGUUGUGUGGUUGAUCGCUGGAAGGAUUUGUUUACAAUGCAUAAACUCAAAUAUUCUCAAAAGGAAAAAGUGAAGCAAUUUAUCACCUUCACUCAGACUGGUGAAAAAACAGCUAUUUACUGCCUCUCUCAGCACGAUUGGAAACUUGACGUAGCCUCUGAUAAUUAUUUCCAAAAUCCCGAACUUUAUUUUCGAGAACAGAAACCAUCUGUUGACAGAAAGAAAUUAGAAAACUUAUAUUCCAGAUAUAGAGAUCCUCACGAACCUGAUAAAAUAUCUGUGGAUGGCGUCAUGAAAUUUCUUGAGGAUCUGAACUUGUCUCCUGACAGCAGACUUGUAUUACUUCUAGCUUGGAAGUUCAAAGCUGCUACUCAGUGUGAAUUCAGUAAAGAAGAGUUUAUAUCUGGAAUGACAGAAUUAGGGUGUGAUUCAAUAGACAAACUAAAAUAUAAACUCCCUUCCCUUGAAAAUGAGUUGAAAGAUAGUGCAAAGUUUAAAGACUUCUAUAAUUUUACAUUUAAUUAUGCCAAAAAUCCUGGACAGAAAGGCUUAGAUUUGGAUAUGGCUAUUGCUUAUUGGAAUAUUGUCCUCCCUGGUAAAUUCAAGUUUUUGGAUUUAUGGUGUCAGUUUCUUAAAGAAAAUCAUAAGCGAUCUAUACCCAAAGACACGUGGAAUCUUCUUUUAGAUUUCUGCAUCGUUAUUUCAGAUGAUAUGGGCAAUUAUGAUGAAGAAGGUGCUUGGCCUGUACUAAUAGAUGAUUUUGUUGAAUGGGCUAAACCAAUUCUAAAAGCUGGUCGUAGUACACAAGUAUGAUAUUUGUAACAUACAAUCUAGUGCUGAAUCCUUUGAAAUUGUAAACUGAGCUAUUAUCAUACAUGUGACAAAAAUGUCAUCCUUUCUUUCUUUUUGAAGCAAAUGUACAUACAAUUAGACAUUGUAAAUAAUACAUCAUGUACAUUCAUAAUAGAACAUGAGUUUUCCCUCAUUUUGAAAUUUUUUAGUUAGAUUUAAAAUAUAUAAAUUAAAGUGUAUUGAAAUAACAAACACUUUCAGUAUAUGUAUUAUUAUUGUUAGAACAUAUAUUUUUUAAUGAUUCCAGAGGAAAAAAAAUGCCUAUUUUUGCUAGCUGUUACUCUUUUCUUAAAGGCAUUUCAAAAGCAUUAGCGUUUUUGUUGAUAUUUAUUUUCAAGCAUUCUCUGUGCUGAAAUAAAAAAAUAAAAAAAUCUUGAGUUUAUUUUACUAUGUAGUUGAUGAAAAUAAUAUCAUGUUGACUGAAUUGUAGUUGGAAUGUUUUAAUAACAGCUGUUGGAGCUUCUUAAAUUUUUAGGAAACUUUUAUUUUAUUAAACAGUGAUAUUGUUAAAAUUACUAAAGAUUGUUGUAAAACUGCUUUCUUUGAUUUUUUUUUUUAUUUCUGUCUAGUAGCUUUUGUAUAAUGUGAUCUAUUGAUGUUGUCUGUUAUAAGUCGGUUUUAUAUCUCCGAAUUCUAAUAGCAAUCACUUAAGACGCUGACAAAAAUGCUCUGAAUCUUGCACAAAGUAGAAUUUUUUAUAGUGUUGACUGCUUUAAAUUGUAUUGUGUUAACAUGUAAAAUGACCGUUGUUAUUAUUAUUACAUUGGAUGAACAUAUAUUGAGAUAGUGAAAUUUAUUCUCUGAAAAGAAUGGUUCUCUGCCUUAUUCAUGCUGUAAAGAGUUUAUUGCUUAUCUGAUAAAAACCAUUUUUUAAAUAAAUUAUUUGAAAUAAUAUUGAAUAUAAUAUUUUCAUAUAGAAUAGAUGGCAUUUAAAAAAUUUUCCAAAUUAAAUAAUAAUAUAAAUCUGUGUCAGUUGUAUAAGAUGUGUCUCAUUAAGUAACUUUUUCAAAACUCUUAACAACGAAGCAGUAAACCUAAAGGAAAGACCAGUGAGGCAUAUUAAUUAUAGAUUUGAAAAAAGAUUAAAUGUGCGUUGCACAAGGAUUUUAAUACAUCUUUUAAUUUUUAAAAGAUAAUUUUUUUUGUGUGUGUGAACGGUUGCUUAUCUUUCAUAUAUAUAUAUAUAUAGCAUCAAAUUUAUUUCAUUGUAAAAUCAUUUGUAAGAGCCAGUCAAUAAUAUGUUAAUAUAUUUUGAAUCAUUUUAUCGAAAUCCUUUAUUUCUUGGAUGAAAAAGGUUCAUAGUUGAUCUUUAUGCUUUGAAUUCUAUUUAUGUUUUUAAUUGAUUAUGAAAACCAUGUGCUUUGUAAUUGAAAAUACUUUUUUUUUUUUAACACCCUAGGUUUUCUGUUUUAUUCUUAUUGCCUUGUUUGACUUUUCUCUCUUUUCAAUUUUAUUCAGUUUAAUUGAUUUGCCUCUCUGAUUUAUAGAUUAUCUCUUUUAAAAUUCUAAGUCAAUAAAAUGUUAUUGUUCCCAAAAUAAUGAUUGUAGUUUUGUAUUCUCAUAGUAAAUAUUAUUUUGAUCAUAGCAAAUGCAUUUGUUUGAUAUAUUUUGGGUAGGUGGGAAAGGUUUUUCUUGGAGUAACAAUGAAAUAAGUCAGGUACUGUGCAUUAGACUUCACUUUCAUCGAAUUUUUGUGAUGUUAAUACCUAUAUAACCUGUUUGAACCAUAUGUGUCUGUUUGUUAUUUAAAUAUAGUCUAUCUACUUUGUAGAAAAGGGUCAACAUAUUUUGUACUUAUCCUUUAAAUAAAUUGAUACCUGAAUGCAUUUUACUGAAUAUGUGAUUAAAUGAACUGUAAAUCCACCUGCGAUAAGAUCCCUGUAUGAAUUUUAAUUAUGUGAAUAGUGUGAAGUCUUUCUGUUUGUGAAAUAUGAAAAUUACCAUUACUGACAAAUGCCUUCUUAUGUUUAUUUUUUCAACAUUCGCGAAAAGUUUUUAUAAAUCUUGCUUAAAUUUGAUCUAUAUCGUCGUCCUUCGAGUAAAAGUCACUAAGUCCAAAACUAUAGUUUUGACAUGUUGUCAAUUUUAACUUUUGUGUGAUUAUGAAAAUUAAUAAGAAUAAUUUUAUAUAUUUCUAACUCUUAUAUUAAGUUUACUGAUGAUUUGAUAGCUGGUUUAUAAUACAAAAUAAUUAAUUGGAAGCUCUAUUCGGCAGCAAUAGUUCGUCAAAAGUUGGUUUGAUGGACUUAAUGACUUUUACCUGCCAGAAUAUAAACUUCUUCUGUGCCUUCUUUAGAAUCAUUAAUAAUUAUAUAAUUAAUUUAUUAAUAUCUUUAGUUUGAUUUAUUUUCAAACUGACAUUAACUAAGUUAAUGUAGAAAAAUAUAUUAUUAACUUCAAUUUAUAUGGAUAUUGUAAAUUAUUACAUUGCAUUAUAUAUUUGCUUUGAAAUUGCCUUUGGUAUUUGCCUUAUAAUCUCUUAUUAAGUCAUUAUAAUAAACAGACAUUUAUUUUAGCAAUAACCUUAUUGUAUUUUAAGCAAAAUAAGCUUAAUUUUCUAAAUCAUUUUCUUAGCUUUGCUCUAGAUUUAGAUUAUUAGAGCCAUAUAAACUUGGCAAGGAUUUGUAUUAAGAAUGAAACUUUUGUGGUAUUAUUCUCUUUUUACUUUACUUAAACGUCCCCUGCCGUAGACAGACUUGUAAAGUUCAUUGAACGUCAGUAUCAGAAAAAUAUCGAUCCAAGGUGUUUAUUCUCUGAGAAGAAGCAUUUUACCUUCAAACAGCUGACUUUAUAACUUUCAAUAUCUUUUGUUUUAUUCUGUGUAAGUGUGUAAGAAAUGUUUAAACGACCAAGGAAAUCACUACAGUUCAUGAGCAUGUGAAAGCAUUCUUCCCAUUUCUAGUGAAUCUAGCUGCCUUAAAAAUAUUCGUCCAAUUCUGCAUAGUGUAGACUGACAUAUAUUUUUUCUGUGAUUCAGUUACUGUGUUUUUUACUCUCCAUCAUGCCCGGAUUCCAGAAAUUUCUGAUGAAUAAGUUCAGUGUGAAUGGUUUGAAGCAAAUACAUCUAUAAAGCUGCUAUAUUUUGUUAUCGACUCUGAUCACCUCUACAUUGAUCCCAUGAGAAGAAUGUUCCUUAAUAUGGCGUUCGUCUCAUUAGAGUUUCAUCCAGAAUGAAUUAAGGAAAUCAACGUCCAGUUACUAGUUUUAGUCCUAAAAAAUCACGAACAAUCCCAAAUUUCGUUUGCAUCCUUUCCACUAAGUGAGCAACUACUUCCGGUCAUUUUGCCACAUGUGUUCACCUUCAAAGGUUACCAAAAGUAAUUAUUACAUCCCAGCAAUAAUAGGUAAUCACAAAGUCCUCUUAGUGACUCAUACACAUCAACAGGAAGCCUGCUAAAAGUCACAAAGUGAACUUAGUGAUUUUUACCUGACUAUAUAAGUGCCUACAAGACUUAGUGAAUUUUUGGACAUCUCUGUUCCUCAAGGAGUCAUCAAUAUAACCAGAUUGUAAAGCAAUAAUACAAGAUGACGAUGAAAUACCAUCUCAAAAUGGGCGUAUUUGGAUUUAGCGACUUUGACCUGAACGACGACGGUAUAAUUCUUUUUCUUUUUUUUCUUUGAGAGUAUGGGACAUAAGCUCUCUUAACAUUUGGAAAAUUGUAUACUUUAAUCUCGAUCUUGACUCUGUAAGCGUGAAAUCAUUACAAAAUAAAUUAGUUCACUUCAAAAAAAUAUCGAAGUUAUUUAUAAAAUUACAAAUGCUGAAUAUCUGACAAGAGCCAACUUUAAUUUUCUUAGUCAAAUUCAAGUUUGAAGAAUUAGUUGUUAAAAGUGACAGCAUAAAGUUUAAAAAAUCUUAACAGUUUUCUUGAAAAGUGUUUGAAAUGUACUUGAAGUCAUUGUAGAUUGCAAUAUUUUUUUUUUUUAAUUUAUUGACACAAUUCCAUAAAAUAUCAUGAAAGAACAUUAUGUUUUCUGCUUUUAUAAAUAUAGAAUAUCUGUGUUGCUAGACUAGUCAACUGGGGUAAAUUUUAAUAAUUGCUUCACUUUUGUUAAUUUAUAAUCAUUAAGGAAAGCAAACAAUCUGUAAGUUGUUGAUAAGAACAUGUUUUCUUUUAAAAGUCCCUUCCCCCUGGAAACUUGGAAAUUUCGAAUCUACAUCAUGAAAAUGGUGUGUACUUCUCAUUAGAAUUUUAACAGAAAAUAAUUCAACUCUAACAUAUUUAAUGCAAUGCAGAUUCUUAAAUUAGAUUCUGCUGUAGUUUGCUGUCUAUAAUACACUGGUGUUCAGAAAUUAAGGAACAAUAACAUUUUGUAAAAGGGAAUUAAUUUUAGUAACUAUAACUAAGUUGUUCAAACAAUUCUAAAAGAAAAAUAUAAUACAAAGUGUAAAAAAUAUAUUUAUAAGGUACAGAAAUAAAAUAUUGCAAUUUAUGGCUUUUAGAGAAGUAAGAAAAAUGAUUAUAACAAUUUGUUUACAAGUUUUUUUUAUGUAAUCUUUGAAAGGUAAGUGACUGCCACUUCAAAAGUAAUGCAUGCAUAGUGUCAAUUGCACAUGUCUAGAUUAUGCUGAAAAUGUUUAGGUUAAUUCUGGCACUUUAGUUUAAAUGACUGCACAGCCUUUUAUGCUAGCUGUGGAGUAUUACACCCAGUCAUAGUUGGCCAUAUGCAUUCCAUAAAUGCUCUGUAGGAUUAUUAAGAUCAGGUGAGUUUGUAGGAUGCUGAAGUCGACACAUCCCUUCUCUUUCAAGAAGGUCAUCAGCUACCACAAUAGGAUGACAGAAAGCAUUAUUACCUAUGCACAUGAAACAAUUUGUAACAGUAUCUCAAGAAUUUAAUGCAUGAAGUACUUACUAAUAAUUUCGUGCAUUCGUAAUUUACCUUUCUAAGAUUGUGUUGCCUAUUCCUGUUCAACAUAUACCUGCCUAACAUCGCCAUUUCUAAACACAUACCUGCAUAACAUCACCAUUUCUAUAAUUUUCAACUUCCAUACUGGCAGGAUAAUUGCAGUUCUCGUUUGACCUCAGAUGUUCUGACAUCUUAAAUAGAAUAAUGAACAAAACUUGUUUUCGUCCACAAACAGAAUACUUCCCUUCUGAUGAUUAGUUCUUUUGAUGUGUUCACUUGUUGGAAAUAGUCAAUGGAACCUCUCUCUUUUGUCGGCACAUUAAAUCCUUUAGUGUGAUGUUCUGAAGCAUGGCUUGUUUGUAUCCUUAUCCGAUUUUUUCUUUUGACUGUUAAUUGUAUAUAACUAUUCUCAUUAACAGGAGUUAUUGGCUGAUCGAGUAGAAGUUUAGCUUCUAAUAUUUGUUCUGAACUUUAUGAAAUUUUUCUCACAACUGCUCCAAUAAUAUGCUUUGAAAUCCAUUAGCAACACCCCUGAUUGAACAAUCUUUAUUUUAUCAAAUAUUUUUCUACAGGUAAGAUCGUGUACAUGUUUUAUUUGAUUCAUUUUCUUUGCUAUAAUGAGAGAAAAAAAGCAUACAUCUUAUGCAAAAUGCAUAUGCAGUAUCUUUUUCUUUUUCUCUCCUCAUUGUCUGACUUUUCCCUUUAUCCUUUCUUGUGACUUAACAUGAUUGUCAUAUGGUUCAAAAUAUGUUCAUAGUCAUCAUCAAAUCUGCAGCAACCAUUUUCUAUAUAGGGCAGUUAAAUGAACUUCUUUACACCAAUCACAGUUUAUUUUUGUGUUCCAUCUAUUGUUUAUCCCUUAACUUAUGGACACCAGUGUACUUAUUAUUUUGGAAAAAAUUUAAUUGCUGGUAAAAAGUGUAUGUAACAGAAUAUGAAUAAUAUCAUACAACUGAGGAAGAAAGUUUGUUUACAUUUUUUUGUAACUUUUGACAUUGAGUUAAGUGCAGUUUUGCAUAUUGUAAAUAUUUUAGUAAUUGAUGUUUAUGUUGAAUCAUUAAGAGAAAUAAUUUGAAUAUAAACAUUUUGAGAAGUAUAUAGCAUAAAUUGCUGAUUUUUGUGUAUCAGUGUAUUUAUGAAAAGAAUAAAUGCCAUGUUUCUGUCUCAUCUUUUAGCAUUAUCUUAUUAACUUUAAUGCAUUUGUAAUUUUAUAAUAUCUGUCAGAUUUUGACAUUUUACAAUUAAUAUAUUGCUAGAAACAUUUGUCUUCAUUUCUGUAUAAUUUAUUGCUUUGUAUAUGCAAGCAAUUAUAUGUUGUUUUAUAUGUCUUAACUUUAAAACAUGUUAGCAUAGCAAAUUACAGUUUGAUACAGUCUUUUUCCAGCUUCUCUGUUAACAUUCUUGUUCUUAAUUUUGUACCCCAUUCAUCUAUUGUAAAAAAAAAAAAAAAAAUUAUUUAUGUGAAUUAACAAUAUAUUUUUUAUACAAACUGGUAAAUAAUUGGUGUAUGUAGCUUAUUUAUUAUUUAAUUAUUAUAAUUGUUUACGAAAAAUUAGGUAUUAUGUAUUUACAUAUAUGAAAUACAUAAACAUAAAUAUCCAUAAAAUGACAAUUAUUAAUGCAAAAAUCUUAAAAAAAAAAAAAAAAGCUUUAAAUUGCAGUUUUUAGUUUGUCUAGAACUAUUCAGAUAAAUUUUUCUUAUUUAAUAAUACCUUUGAAUGCAAGUACUUCAUCUUUUGAAUUAACUUCUUAAAAUUAGUGUAAUGUAUCGUAAGUUUAAAAAAACAAUAUAGUUCUUUUGUAUUUUGAAGUGUACAUACUUAUGUGUAUUUCAAUAAACUAAAUGCUGCAAUAUUUCUUUCAUAACUUCCUUACUAAUGGUUUUAGAUGGUAUGGUUGGUAUGGUAUGGUAUGGAUGGUAUGGUAUGAGUUAUUUCAAUCUUUAUGAUAUACUUUAUUAGACAUUUCACUUUUCUUAGUAUAAAUUAAAAUUGGAUAUUUAAAAUUUUUCUGGUUUUAAAGAAUAAUAUAGUUAUAUAGAUUGCAGUUAUACCGUUUGAAAAUGGAAUAUUGAUUUGUUAUAUAUAUAGGCAGUCCUGCUUGAGUGAGGAAGGAAUUUUAAACUAUACCUUAAGUAUAGCCUGAACACUGAUAAGAAAGAAUGGAUUUAAAAUAUACUAUGCUUCCAGUAUCAAAAUAUAUUAUGCCCCUCAACGGAUAUAUAUAUCAUGUUUACUUAAUGACUGAUAUUUUACUCGUGUUAUUUAAAAAGCUUGAUUUAGUUACUCAGUUAUUUUUCUUAAAUUUUACAUAAAUGAUUUUUGUGUCGAUAAAAGAUAUCUGAUUAUUGCAUAAUAAGUGUUAAAGGAGUAAUUUUCUGAAGUUGAAUAUUGAUCUGUUGCCAAUAAAUGUUUCAUUUUUAAAUAUAAUGUGCUGGAAAUAUUUACAGACUGUUUACAUAAUAUAAAAUAUUUAUUACAAUAUAUCAGAAAUUGUCUUUUGGCAUACUUACAAGCUUUAAAAACUUUUUAUUAUUUGUAAAGUGUGCAAUAUAUGAAUUGAAUCCCUCUCUUUUUUAGCCAGUGAGAAGUAUAUUCUAAAGUGUUAACAGGCUCUAAAAAAAGUUUGUUGAAUUAAUUUUAAUUUAUCUAAGGGAUUAAAAGUUAAUUUUGUUGUUGAGAUGGACAAAAUUCUGAAAGCCAAAAAGGGCUUUAACCACUUAUGAUUAAUACCAUUUAUUUUGCUAUGUGCAUUUUACUUCCAAUUUUGUUAAAGUACAUUAUAGUGCUAAUAUUAUUGGAAAACAUAAUUGUAUAUUGUAAUUGUUUGUGAAAAUUUCAGGAUUAAAAAUAAGGAAUUCUGGAAUGUAUUUUUUUAGCUGUUAAUUGUAAAAUAAUAAUAAUAAAUAAAUAAAUGAGGGUUUUUGGAGAUACUUAUUUACAGCAAGUGAAAGAUGCGUGGAUUUACAUUUGUUUAUAUGAUGCAUUCUUAUUAAAUUAUGAAUGUAUUUUCCUGCUGCAUGAAUUAAGUGUAUUACUAAAUACAAUCACUCUUGUUUAUAUUUAUUUGAGCAUCCUCAUCUGAAGAAAAUAUGUUUUCAAAUUUCAUUUAGAAGUUAUGAAGAACUUAAAAAUGCUUCUUGGUGAUUUUUCUUUGUCUUAUAAUAUUCUGUUUUUGUUAAGUAUAUUUUGUUUUUCAUAGAAGUUUUGUGUGAUAUGCAUCAUUUUUUCCCUGUGUUAUUUCAAAUAUUGCAAAGUAUAAAUUAAAAAUUUUAAAGCUGUAUUUAUCUUAAGAUUUGAAUACUGUUUAAAUCCAACCAUUCUCUUUAAACAGUAACUGUAAUUUGCUUCAUGUUGCCAAACUGUUUUGAAUAAAUAUUGAUAUUUUUAAUUGUUUCAGAUUGAUAAAUUGCUGAGAAAAGCAUUUAAAAAUGUUACAUCCAAAUAUAAUUUAUUGUAGUUCAGUUGUUAAACCAGUUUCAAGAUGAAAAGAUUUAAAUCAUAUAAAAAAAAAAAAAAUGUAGGUUUCAGAAUGCAUUUCUCUAGUAAUAUGAAAUUCACAUGU